GCGUGAAAGUGUUUAUCUGGGGCUUUGGGAUUAUCAAUGAGCAAAUUACCUCUUAUCCAGUAGAGGGUCUCAGGCAGACUGUGUGCGUCUGCCAGGGACUGAAGACUCCCUCUCUAGGGCUUAGGAAGGAUGGGAGAAAUGAGGGACAAAUGACUGCACUUUAUUUUGAUGUAGUCUAUUCUUAAUGGCUCAUUAUUGAUACUUCUUUUUGAUAUGAGGCCCCUCCUCUUUUCCUUUGGAGUAUCAGUGUGAGUGUGUUUUGUUUGAGAGUGGUGGCUCAUGCUGAAAGAGGCAGAGAGCUCUUCUCCCAGGAGGAUUCGUCUCACUACCAGCCCUUCAUUGCUCUGCCCGGGUGACUUUUCCUGCAGCUGCACCCAUGACUCUCCAGAACUGCCUGCUGCACAGAUAUGGACUGUAUUACUUCUUGGCAUUGCUGACACUUCUCAUGUCACAUGCUGACGGGCUGCAAUGUUAUGCCUGUAACAUCGUGCAUAACCAGCGGUAUGUGGACGUAGGCUGUUCCAACCCCGAAGUCAUCACCUGCUCCCACUCCCACAAGGGCUUCAAGCAUCGCUUCUGCAUCAGAACCGAAAGUGUUGCAUUGGGAGUCAUGCUGACUAGUGGCUGCGCGACAGCACGACACUGCCACACGCAGGAGCUGCCGGGAGUCAACAUCCACUGCUGCAACUCUGAUCUGUGCAACAGCGCCACCCGCUGGCGGACGACCACCCUGCUGCCUAUUUGCUCAUUGACGUUUUCUCUAUUGUUUCAAGGGCUGAUACUGUGGACGAAGUAACUUUGAAAUUUGAACGUCACGACAAAAACACGGCAGCUACGCUUCCGACGCAUGACAUACAGGAUGAAACUUGAAAAUAUAACUAUAAAAGAUGUGAGCGCAGACCCUGGAGUAUUAGGCCUAGGUCUAUGUUUGGAUAAACCAAUUCUUCACGUAGCCUAGUAUUGUUCUCUUUGGAUAAUUAGGCAAGGCAAGUUUAUUUAUAAUUAGCUAAAUAAUUCCCCCCAAAAAAGGGAUUUUUAUUUGGAUAACAAGAUUUUUUUUAACUAUUUGUUUUAUUUUGAAGCAUUUUGCUCAGCCAAAAAUGAGAAAUGAUGCUCUUUACAAUAUGUGUGAAAAAAAUGUGUUCAGGAAUUGUAUCCUAUUUAAGGCCCAAAUGUUCUCAAAAAAGUGGUAAUGGAAAUUAUACUGACCUUUUUAUUGUUGUGAGUAUUAUUAUUUAGAUAUUUUCAUACAUAUUUUUGUAAUUUCUUUUAACCAACUGAUCUCAAGCUGAUUUUAAGUGCAUGUGCUUAUGAAGUCUGUCACUCAAGUUCAAACGUCCUAGCAAGAGUAAUCACAGGUUUAGAUUAGCACAUUAUUUUUGAACAUAAUGCACGUUUGACAAUCAAGAAAGUGUUGAAAUACUUAUUGUAUUAGUUUUAAUAUUCAUAUAGGCCUAGGCUAAGGCCUCUAAUGUGCCCCACUACAAGAGUUUUUGUUUAAAAAUUCAUACAAUUUUUCAUUACUGAACAAGUACAUUAAAAUGUUGUUGUCUUACCUCAAAUCCUUACCCCCAUUUUUUUUUUUUUUUUUUUUUUUUUUUAUGAAUAGACUUGCUACAUCAUAUCCAUAAAGGUCUGGUUAUUGAGUGAGUGGGUGCUUAGUUUGUAACUGAAAUAUUCAGCUAGCAUUUACAUUGGCAGUUCAAAACAACAAAUCCUUCUUAACCACUGACGAACAACCAGUUGUCAAACAAAUUCCAGAAACUUCAAACUCCAAAAAGUCUGCAAUCAAGAAGGGGAAUGUAGAUCCAGUGCCAAACAGGAUCUGAAACACAGAGGCAGAUAUUAAACUUUAUUUAUGAUUUGAAGUUCUUUCGUCAGCUGUGUUUCAGCACAGCACAUCUGAUGGUAGAACUUCAAAUCGUAUACAGUAUAAAGUUUAAUAUCUGCCUUGGUGUUUCCAUGCAUCUGUGUAAGAUGCUAUUCCUCAAGAAUUAGCAAUUUUAUGUUUCAAAAAGAGAUGCAGAUAGAGAGGUUCUAAAUAGAGCUCAGAGCUCCAGGAGAUGGCAGUGUUUCACAAUCUCUUGACACAGGCAUAAAUGUUCGACCUGACAGAAUCUCUGACACAGCAGAGAUCUUGCAGUGCUCAGUCCACUGUGUUCAUUGUAAUUAGAGCCAUGAAACAUGCCUGACUAGUGCAGUAUUUUAUUAGGAUUCAUUCUUUGCUAGAAAUCAUGUUUAUAAUAUGUACAGCAAUACUUCAUGUGGUUCCUUUGAAGAGGCGACGGAUUCAGAGAACCUUUUAAGAGCAAUGGCCUGUCUUAUGGUGAAAGCUCUUAU